AGGUAUUUUUAUUUUUAAUCCCUAGAAAACUUGGGGACUUCAAAGCGUUCAGGCUGUGUGGAAUCAAAGUGCACGCAGCCUCCCCCAACUAUUGAUCCCAGCUCCGAUUUCUCCCCCAAAUCGAUCUAGAAAACCUAACCUCUUCUCUCUUUUUAGGGUUAAAGUCCAGCGAUGGUUUUCACGCAGAAACUGCACGAAGCGUUCAAGGGCACGGUGGAGAGGAUCACGAGCGCUCGAACGGUCUCCGCUUUCAAGGAGAAGGGCGUCCUCAGCGUCUCCGAGUUCGUCAUCGCCGGCGACAAUCUCGUCUCCAAGUGCCCUACUUGGUCCUGGGAGGCGGGGGAAUCGAGCAAGAGGAAGUCCUAUUUGCCUGCUGAUAAGCAGUAUCUCAUCACGAGGAACGUGCCUUGUUUAAGAAGGGCAAUUUCAGUAGAAGAAGAGUAUGAAGCUGCAGGCGGGGAAGUUCUUCUUGAUAAUGAUGAUAAUGAUGGUUGGCUUGCAACUCAUGGGAGACCAAAUGAGACAAAGCGUGAUGAUGAGGACAGCUUGCCUUCCAUGGACAACCUAGAAAUUAGUGAAGGCAGGACUAUUAGAUCUAUCUCCUCAUAUUUUGGUGGCAAGGAUGAAGAGGAUAUACCCGAUAUGGCAGAGUAUGAUGAAUCUGAAAAUCUUAUUGAGUCUGAUCCCGCUACCUUGCAGUCUGCAUAUCUUGUUGCACAUGAACCUGAGGAUGAUAACAUUCUACGCACUCGAACAUAUGACUUGAGCAUCACCUAUGACAAGUAUUACCAAACUCCUCGAGUGUGGCUUACUGGAUACGACGAGUCACGGAUGCCUUUACAACCAGAACUUGUACUGGAAGAUGUUAGCCAAGAUCAUGCACACAAAACGGUGACGAUUGAGGAUCAUCCGCAUUUGCCUGGUAAACAUGCUUCUGUUCAUCCAUGUCGACAUGGUGCAGUGAUGAAAAAGAUCAUUGAUGUUCUAAUGUCUCGUGGUGUUGAACCGGAAGUUGACAAGUAUCUCUUCUUAUUCUUGAAAUUUAUGGCCUCGGUAAUUCCAACCAUUGAAUAUGACUACACGAUGGACUUUGACCUUGGUAGUUCCAGCCGGUGAUUAAGAGGUUUAUGUGCAGUUCAGCGGCAUAACUACCAUUAAUUAAAGCAUUCAGGCUUAAGGCAGUCUUCUCUCAAUGUACAUAAAACUGAUAUGUCCUUGCGAACGACUAAAUACGUGCAGCAUGAUCUACGUAAGCUCGUAUCUCCGUGUAAGUCAAAUAUGUCGAUAUUUGUUCAAGUAUAUGCUGUGUGAAAAAAAGGCAUAGAAAAAUUAUGGGUAAGAAUUUGUAUAGGCGUGAUUAUUGUGACUUCGACUUUUGGCAAUCUGGUUUUCCGAUGGGGAUUCUGUAAUUGUUAAUUUGGUCUUGGAAAUGUGAGCUUGAUUUAUUGUUAA